AGGACCGAGACCCGGCGGCCGGGCGGGUCUCGGGGCCGGGGUCAGCAGGUAGAGAGGGCACCGGCCACCUUUCGGAUAGCCAGGUAUCCGCCUAGAGCCCAGGCCGAGGUCAUGGAGGCCACCGGGGGGACCGGGAGCUGCAGCUCCGUGAGGUUUCGACUCAGCCUCCUUGAGAAGGGUUCCUGGGGCCAGACUCUUAAACUGCUCUGGUUCCCUUACCCUCUUAAUAAUCCCUUAAAACUUUCUUGUUCUCUGAAGGUUCAGGGUUUAAAGCUUAGACCUCCUGAGACAGACUGUCCUUACAGGAAGCACUGCAGCGUUUAAUCGCAGCUGAAGCAGAAAAGGUCUCACUGAGUUUAGUUUGUCAAAAUAAAGCAACAACACUGCUCUUAAUCUGCACUCAAACCAGCUGACCUCAGUAAUCUGAAUCGUCGGGGAACCUCUCAGAUUAGAUUAGGGUCACACAGUCCUGCCUGUAUUCAGGAAGCGGCUCAAAACCACAGAAACGUCCCAAAACAUUCAAAGUAACCAUACAAAUGCCACAAAACAAGAGUGUUCACAACGCGAUGCAAAAACACCACAAAAGCCCACAAAAAACAAAACAAGUCCAAGUGACCAAAAAGAGACGCAAAAUGAACCAAUAAGGAUGUGAGAUAACUUCAGAAACGCUUAAAUCUCAUAAUAAUCAAAACAUGACCAAAGUCUAAAGUGUCCAGAUCUUUAGAAUGAGACGUAAAGUGAUGAGAAAGGAAGUGCAAACAGUGGCGUUAGUCCUGAGCGCUGAGUUUAUCCGGCGUGUUGAGUUUUAUUCACAGGUGGAGUCGCUGAUGUUACUGUUUUAAAGCGAACAAACCUCAGACACCCACAAUAAAGCCACAUGAAUACAGCCACAAGUUUCCAGCUUCCAGUGUGUAGCGAACGAGAAGCUGACAGAAAGGUCAGAGGUCGCUGAAACUGUAAGGAGACGUCUUAUUCGCAGUCACAUGGGGCCGUGUGGGGCUGUGACUCACAGCGGCGUCCUGUGAGGCAGAAAACGGUAACAUGACUCAGUUUUUCUGCGCGGACUUCACACGAGAGGCCGGUGCUGCAGCUGCUGUCUCAUGUUUCCCUGCAGGACUGCUGCUGCUUCACUUCCUAAAAUAAAAGCUUCAGAGCUCUGUGAGACCGAACAGUUUUCCAGGACAGGCGGUCACAUGGCGGCGGCGGCGUUGGCGAGGACUGAGAAUGCACUGAGUAAUCACUGAUGGCUGCAGUGAAUUACAGAAACUCUUCUGUGUUUAUUUAAAUUCACCUGAGCGACACAGCCUGCAGGUGAUGUUGAUACUUUCAAAGGAUCCUGAAAACAUGGGAGAAAUGGGCGUCUGAGUCGCUGCUCUGAGUUUGGACCCGACCCUGAUAAGGAUGAGCAGAAGAGACUGGAUCAUGUUGCUUAAUGUGACAUCAGAGGGCGAAUUUGAGUGUUUUUCUCCUUUCAAAUCUCCUUUUAGAUUCAGAAUGGAAAGUCAGAGUCAUCCAAAACACUCAAAAUAACCAAAAGACAUUCAGAGCAGCAAAGUGUUCAGAAUGAGACGUAAAGUAACUGGAAAGAGGCUCCAAAUGACCACGAACACGUGGAAAGUCAUUUCUUAAACACUCAAAAUGAACAAAAAAAGAGACACAAUGAUAAAAGAAACACAAACAACCACAAAGAGGCUCAAACUGGCCACCAAACAAUGAAACACGACUCUAAAUCACACAACAUGACGCUAAAAAUGGAACAAAAUGAUCACAAAGGGAUGUAAGCAAAGAAAGCCACAAAAAACAAAGUCAAGAACUACCAGACAGAUGCACAAAUUAAUAAUAAUAAGGUGCAAAACUUAAAAACCAAAGUGUUGAAAGACAAAACCAGCACAGAGUGAAAACACUGAAGAAUAGUCUGACUGCCUUUAAUCACCUUAAUGAUCCCAGUUAUAAAGUUUAAAACUUCUAAAUUCAUUCAGUCUCAAACUGAACUCAGAGUUUCUCGAUGUUAAUGUAAGAAUAAAGUCGUGUUUGUCACUUUAGACCUAAAGGCUCCGGCGGCCCAUGAACUCAUCCGAAACUGGGAAUAAAGUGGAUGAGUGAGGCUGAAGUGGUGGUGACGUCCUGUGAACCAACAGGGUGGAGCAUUGACGGCUGCUAUGACCCAUCACAUAUGUUCAUGAGCCUGAGCGUGAUUAACUCGGUUUAUUUUGAACGUAGAUGUGCACGCUCACACAGGCCUGAAUGCAGCGCUGCUAUCUGUAGCUGCGAGGCUGCAUCAGGAUGUUUGCUCUUCCUCCUCCACCUCCUCCACCCUCCCGCUGUUGGCAGGGUGUGAUGUCAGCAGCCAGUUUGUGCCGGUGAUCUCACCGGGCAGGACUCCGGCUCUGGCAUCGGGUCCUCGCUGCCCUCCGCGGCUCGCAUUCCUCAAAUAGAUUCAACAAUGGCUGCCGCCGUGCUGCCUUCAGGACCACCUCACUGCAGAAAAAUGCAGCGGCGGGUCGUUUGUGUUUUUCUGCUGCAUUCACGUUACAUCAGAGGGUGGGGUCUCCUCCACCCUGCCGGUGUAUUUACAGAGCAGGCCGGGGCCUCGUGUCAGACUGUGUUGAGUUUGUGCUGCUGAGACGCUGUAGCAGCUUCCCGCUCAGACGGGAGGAGGUUAGCGCUGGAAUUUCUAAUCAAAGAAUACCAAAACCUGCACUUCCUCUUAACGUCCACUGGAGGCUCCAGCUGUGAGUCUGUCCCACAGAUGCCUGUGUUAAAAUGUGCACCUUUACAGCAGAAACAAACGUCUUUUUAAAGCCUGUUUAAAGUUAGCAUGAUUAGGGGGUGUGGCCUCUUUGACCGACAGGUGGAUGGCGACUCAGGCGGCUGUAGCUGCUAGCUCCUAGCUGUCACCCCUGUACCAUGUUGGUGCUGUUGGAGCAUUUUAAUGACAUCAUGUGACCUAUAAGGUUCCUUCCUUUCUGAGCUAACCAGGUGUGAGGUGAUACCUCAGUGAUCCACCCUCUGGCCUGUGUACAGUCUCCUCUGGGCCCAAGAGUCCAGCCUGCCCGAUCCUGAAAGCAGAGAGUGUGUCUGUGUUUGUGAGUCCGUGUGUGUUACGUUGUGUUGCAAUAACUUUAUUUGUGGUGGGCGUUCUGCCCCGAUGGACGUACGACACUACACUACGAGAGAGCGAUCGAUGUGAGACGUUGAUCAAACUGCAGGUGAAGCUUCCUCCUGCCGCUGUUUGGAUCCAGCGUCUCUCUGAAAGCAUCGACAGAGUGCAUUAUCCAGAGAAAGGCUGCUGUACGUAAGCCUAUUAAAGCUGACCGCAGACAGACGCUUAAACACAUCGCAGAGCCUCCUCCUCCUCCAGCCCACCGGCUGAGAGUGUCAGGAGUUAACACGAGAACGUGUUGUGUCAUUUCAUCCCGUCACGGAUUAAUCGUCAGGCCGCUCCGAGGAUUUAUCCGGAGAAGAAACGAUGAUGUUUUUAGGUGUCUGGACAGCAGACUCGCACUCCGAAGGUUUCCCUCCUCCUGCUGUCAUGUUGAAGCCCCACUGAGGUUCUCAGCCUCCAUAUUGGACGGGGAUUCUGGGAGUUUGCUGCCGGUGAGCCCAUUCACACCUGAGCUUCCUGCGGGACUGACGGGACGUCACGUUCCUCUGAGGCUGCACGUGAGAAACGAGCAGAAACGGAUGUUUUCUUUGGCCGAGUCUGUUCUGUAAAAAGCGUAAAGCUGUCGUGAGUGGGUGCUUUCCCAACUUUUGGGAUAAAUAUAGAAGAUCUUAUCUUGGAAAACAGGAUGUUUAGGUCCAGAAAAAAGGUUUACUGAUGGGACAGAUGUGCAGGAAAGACGAGCCGGCACAUCAGCUGUGGUUGUUUUACUGAAAUGCAAUCAAAGUUUGAGAAAAAUAAGGUGAUGGUUGUUUCCAGCUUUUAUCAGAUUCCUUCAGAUGUGAAGUGGAAUAAAAUCCAUCUGCCUGAACAUGGAUACAGAGCCACACGAGCUGAUUAUUUAACAAUAUGAUGGUUUCUGUCAGCGUUUCAAACUCGCAUUGAAAUACUUCAAUUUUCUGAUUCCUCCUGAGCUGGAGCUGUCUGCACGAAUCAAAGAAACUUUUAGAAGCAGGAAGAAGCUGGAGAGAAAGCGGCGAAGCAGUCUGUGAGCAGUCUCCAGGGUUGUGCACAGACUCGGUCGGUUGCACCACGUGAGAAAUCUGGCUGGAAAUAAGCGGUUAGUUCAGGGAACAGCUCGAUCUUCUGUAUGAGUGUGUGUCGUUUGUGACGGCUGAGAAAAUCCUGGAUCUUUUGUGUGUGUGCGUAAACAGACGGGACGAGAUUUAGAGCCGGAUCCCAAACGCAGGAUCCAACCGCGGGGCUCGCCUCAGCGCUUGGCGUGGGCGUGUCCGUGCCUGACCUUUUGAUGAUGAGUUGGUGAGGACUGAACGAUGGAUGUGAUCCACUGGCGUGUGUUUGAAGUGCUUCGUGUUUGACGUGGAGGCUCCGGGGCAGGAAUGGAAGACGCGGUCGUUUGCUCUUCAAACUGAGACGCAUGUAAACAUAUUUUCUAAGAGUCGGAUUGAUCUUCGCGGAUAUUCAGGGAAUCUCUGCCCAGAGUCUGCGUGUCUGAGUGGCGGUGUGGUUCAUCAGUGUCGGGGAAUGGGUUCAGGUCUGAGCGGUGGUCUGCAGGACAAUGGAGGCCGAUGGGAGCAGGAAAUGGAAAGUUCCUCACAGGCCUGGCUGUUUUCAGGAUGGGGGCGGUGAGGCAGGAUUUCCUCUCUGAAACAAAACAGGAGCAGUCCUGCUUCUCUGGACCAAAAAAAGCUGCUGUCUAUUUCAGGGCAGGGUGGGAAAAGCACCGGAGGAUCCUCGGGGACGACACGCACUCGGCGUAAUCACAAAGCGCUGGAUGUGUGUUUUUAUUUGUCUGAUGUGAAGGGAAACCAGUGCGGUGGUAAUCAGUGUUUGUUUUAGAUUCAGGAGAAAGAAACCGUGAAUAAAAAGAUUUGUCUGUUAUUUAUAGAUGUCAAAUGAAAUAAAACGAUCGUUCAUCCUAUACCUUUACAAUGAAACCCUCUCUUAUGUCUGCGUGUUUUAUAUACUUUACAUUUAGCUCUUACACUCUACCAGACUCCAUUCACAAAAUCUAUGAUUUUACAUCUCAUAACACACAAGCUGUUUGUCUGCCUCCUUGAAUGAUUAUGGUUAGUAGUCUUGGACCUGAAUGUUUUCACUGUUUGUUUGGGAUCUAAACUGACCAAUAAAAAUGCAAAAGUCACAGAAAGUAAACCAGCAAUUUUUUUUUUUUACCUCGAGGUAAAAGAUGCUGUUGUCAGUGGACUGUGGACUGCAGUGAGUUAAAGGGUUUUAGUGGGUCAGUCGCAGCAGUUUUGGUCUCUGUAGCUAAUUUAUCUACCUCAUUAUAACUGUGGGGUCAGGUUUUUAUAACACACCUGAUUCAAUUGUAUUAGGGCUUAAAGUUUACAAAAAUAGGGGUGUGGCCUCUUUGACUGACAGGUGAACUUUCCAGAUGCUUCAUAUUUUUCUUCCCUUUUCAGACGUUAAUGAGGGGAAACCAGCUUUCCUGUUUAUGUGUCACAUGAUAGCAGGCUCCUGCCUUCAGCAGGAAGUAAUCAGAUUACUUCAGAGGACGUCUGCUGCCCUGAAAGCUGUGAGCGGAGAGCAGAAGUGGAUCACUGUGUCAGAGUGGCUGCAGAUUAAAGCCUGAGUUGUGGAUGAAAAUUGGAUUAGUCAAUCGUCUGAGCACCAAACGCUGCUGCUGUCUGAGGAGGACGCUCACGCCGCCAAACAACCAAUCAGACACCUUGUUUGUAGUUUAAAUCAACACCUGAGUGUUUGGGCGAUUAAGCCGCUCAAAGUUAACUUGACCUCGAGAACAUCAGCCGACUCGCUUCCUGUUUGUCGCUUCACGAGGCUCUAACGUAGAUAUUUUCAGCUCUGUUUAGCUUCAAACUCGGAUUAGAAGUUGACUUCAAUGCCUCGGGGUCGGUGUGUUAGCCGCUGUGGCUUUCAGUCACCUGCCGAUUAAUUUGGAAAUAAGUAGUUUAUCCAUCAGAGGCUUUUAUUUUAAUAUGCUCCUGGAAGAAUCAUUUGAUUGAUUUCUCCAAAUGAACUUGUGACUUUGUAAAACGUUGGAUGGGCCCCUCUGGGUUUUAGCUAAUCUGAAGUAUGUGUGAAUGAUGGGAAGGCGGCGUGUGGUGGUGUCACAGACCGCUGUGUUGAUCUACCGUGCCACUGCUGUCACAGGCUAAAAUCUGGAGCUGCUUCGGCUCCUUUCAGAUGAUGUUUUUGGAGUGUUUUAUGCGGCCUCCUCACAUCCAGCCGCUGAUCUUGAACUUCCUGUUUUCUGGAAGCGUGCUCCGUCCUCAGACCGUCGAGGGCCAGCCCGCCGGCCUCCAGCUGAGACUCCAGCCUGGAUUCCUGAGCUCCGAGUGGCUUUGGUGCUAUCAGCUGCUGAUUUACAGCUCUCUUUAUGGCUGCGAGUUAUUUUUAGCUGGAGGCUGCUGCCGCUGCCAGCUCUUCUCCUGGCUUCCUGCAGGACGGAGAUGAAAAGUGAACAAAGUGGUGCCUGAUGAAGGCACCAGCAACUUUAAGCUGCUGCCCCGGGUCAGUCCUGCAGCCUGUUCUGCUCACUUUGCAGCAGUUUUAUGUGUAAACAUGUGGGCCUGGAAGAUUUCUGCAUCACGUCUUGAAUGAAUGCAGACACAUUAAUGAAGAAUGAGAGAAAGUGAGCAGUCGAGUCUGUCAAUGAGGAAAAACGACCGAACUAAGGCUGAGCUGAGUCUGCAGUCAGUGAGAGGUUUCUGUCGCUGAAUCUGACAAUCGAUCACGGAUCAAUUUGCGCUUCUGAUCCACUCUGAUUUUGUGCAGAAGUUUUCAUAACACUGAUUCAUUUUAAUGCAAUAAGACUAAAUUAUACCAGAACACUCACCAGAGAAGUUUUAAUCCACGUCUUCCGUGUCACUGCUGGCUUCCACCUGACUUCCUGUUUGUCUCCUCUCUUCCUGUUUUGUUUCCUUUCUCUGGAGGAGCAUAAAUGUUUGUAGGACUUCCUGUUUGGCCUUUAAACUCAGGAAAUUGGGGAGAAGCAUCAGUCCGGUUCAGUCAGAGUGAGCGGUUAGAAUCGGGGCUGGUAUCUGAAUACAGGUGAAAUGAGACCUGCCUGAGCCUUGAUGUUCUCUUUGCUGCUUGAUGGCUUUUGGGCGACUUUUCAGACGAAGCAAAGGACUCAAAGCAUGCGUGGCUUCUGAACUGGCGAUCCACUCCUGGAAAUUGUAAUUUAGAUUUGUAAUGUUGUCUGAGGUAUUUAUGAUGUUUGACGUUAGCGAGCCGGUUUCGGUCUAAAAUGUCCCAUUCCUUCGAUCUUAUUGGAAGUUUAUCCUGAUUCCAUCCAUAGAAAUCUGUCCACAGCUUCUUAAGAGGAGCUUUCAUUAUUUGUAAGAUUUGUUUUUUGCAUUUGGCCUUUUUUGGACAGCACAGUGUAGAUCGGAAAGCAGGGACAAGUAUGAAGGAAUGAAACGACCUCGGGUGGACAUGAUAGCUUUCGUUUGCCUGAUCAGUCGGGUGAGCUGUAGCAGCGCCCGUGCUCUCAUUUUUAAAUUUCUAAAGGAAGUGUUUGUAGUUGUGCGUUUAGCUGCUUAGACUUGGCGUGAACAUGUGCUUAAACUGACGUGGAAGAGGAACUGCUCGUCCUGAUGUUGACCUCUGGCCUCAGACUCGGUCAGUCGCCGCUGGCUCGAGGAGGACUUGCUUCCCUCUGAGUCCGCUUAACCUCCCCGAGUCUUAACUCUGACCUACAUGCAGCGUCGCUUCAUUAUCCAAUCAGGGCUGAUAUGUGGGUCAGCCAGGGCGGCGUGCCUUUAAAGUCCCAAGAAGAAGAAGGUUGAUCUGAGAGUUGGAGAGAGUUUGAUCCUUUUUCCUAACUGCAUCAGGGCCACGAGGAGCACAUGUUUGGAUCCUCCAGGAGCUCAGCUCUGUUUUCUGUAACGCAGUCUCACGGCAGUUUGUAACUAGUCAGGGACUCUGAACAUGAUCGUUCAUCCGUCCGCUCUCUGUUUGUACCCAUUUACACAAAAUGAAUAUUCUCAGAGGCUGGAGAUGUUGGGGUUUUGCUGCUCACAGACCACAUUUUGAUUCUUAAAUGUGUCAGAAGUUUCUAUUUAUUUUGUAUUAUUUUGAAAAUGUUGGCAUUAUUAAAAUAUGUUAGUAAUAAUCAUUAAAACUAUUUAGAGCGACUUUUUGGGUUUACAUUCUAAAAAGUUAAAACUUCUCCCAAAGCGCCGUUUUCUUGGUACUGCGUGCUCGCCAAAAACUCUGCGCAGGAAAUGUACUUCCUGUUACAAAGCCGCACUGACCAUCUCAUAAAAACAGGUCAAUUUGCGUCCACGAUCAGGGACGACUUUUAUGAGACCAAGCCGACCGGUGGCCUGGUCUGGUCAUUGUUGCGGGUCCCACAGACUCCUCCUCCUCCGCGUUGGGCUGCAGUAGAUCUACGCGUCGCAGACAGGAAUGGUCCUCCUGUUCCUGUGACCUGAACGGUCACUCUGACCAGAACCUGCCAUAGGUGGAGAACUGGUUCAUGAGCCAUGAGGUGAAAACUAUCAUCACAAGCUUCGUUCCACAACAGUGGAGAUGGAGUCCACUUCCAGUCCGGCCACUGGGGGGAGGAGCUUGUUGGAGAGCUGGUUGAUAUUUGUUUUUUUUACUGUCACAAAGUGUGUGAUGAUAUGUAUUCGGGGGUUGUUUACAGCCUGAGAUCGCCCUCAGCUUGUAUCUUGGCCACGUUUGGCCUGCUGCAGGUGAACCUCCAGCUCCACGUGGAGGACUGAACGCUCUCACAUGUAACCUGCAGCCUGAACAACAACGACAACAAACCUCCUCAUUUCCAUAUUAUGAAACUCGCGGAGUGAGCUGCGGGGAUUUUUCUAUCUCGCUUCUGCUGCUUCAAAGCUUCUCUAUCAGCGGGGCUUGAAUAAAGUGUCCUCAGAGCUCCUCCCUGCUCUCUGGGACUCUGCUCCUGUUUCCUCUCUGGUCACAGAGGCCUCGGGGGGCGGGGGGGACAUUCUUCAGUCCUCAUGAAUAUUUAGGGCUCACAACAUGUAUGGAGGCCUGAGAGCUCAGAAAUUGAACCCAUUAAACAGAGAAUGACUGGCCUGAAUGUGGGUAAGAGCUUGACUAAAUUACACUCAACUAUACCGGUUAAAUGUUUCUGUAUCAGCGCGUCCAGAUUGUGUUCUGGCCUGUGUUUCUUUCAUAGAUAGUAAACGUACAGAUCUUGCCUCCUAUUCUUCAGAUCAUUCUCUGCUGCUACGUGUAGAAUGAAUGGAAAUAGGUAUUAUAAAUAUUAGAGGAUAUCACUGACUGAAUGUGGCACUCUGUGGGUUACUUUUCAGCUACCGAAACCCUUUUUCUUUCCAUCCACCUACUAUUUCCAGCUGCCCACCCUACACCACAGACUACAACCCAUCCUGGUCCCUCGCAAAGUGCAUAAAUCGCCAAUGUGGGAAGUAUGAAAGGGGGAUUUCCCGCCUAUUUUGGAGCAAAAUUUAGGCUGUUUGCAAACUGCAGCAAGUCUACAGAUCUAAAUCCAUCCAUAUGAUUCAUUACGAGAGCUCUGCGUCAUCGUCAUCGUCGUUGCUGCUGAAUAAGAACCAAACCAGGAAACUGAUCAGAAAAAGGAGAAGCUGAUGCUCGACGCUGUAGUCUUCACAGGGGAAACCACAGUCUGCUGCUUUGCCUUUGCUCAGCCCUGAUUGGCUGGCCUCGGUCUUUCUCUGGCUCUUGACUUCCUCCCAGGAAGACGAACGUCAGCCCACAGAAAGCGAGCGAACGGCAGCUCCAGCUCGGCAUGCACAUGAGGACAACCUGACGAAUCCUCAUCCGUCCGACCCGCCGGGGUCGUGUGUCCGUGUCACAGCACAGCUGUCGGCGAGCCAGCAGUGACGGCCAUUUUGGGGGCCUCCAUCUGCUCGUUGCUGCCUGGAGGAAGCUUGCGUGUGCUAGACUAUGAGUGGAAGUGACGCCCACCCUUUGAUUGGUGAGGGUCUAAUCCAGGGGACCUUGUACCACUGGCACUUUUACAGGAGGCCCUGGCGGAGAACCAACACCCCACCAGCUUCUGAGCAGCUAUUGGACAAAUACAAAUGGGAGACGUCUGCUCGCCAGGCGCCGAGGUCGGCCGGUACGUCCACUCCCGAGGGCAAAGCACAAACCAUGGAGCCUUCUCACCGGCGACUGCUCAGCCUGCCGAGGUUCGGCACCCUCCCAAACCCGAAAAAACGUAGCGGGGAGCCCGGCGCCCUGCAGAGGAUCUUUCUCCGGUCGAUGUCCGAGCCCGGCGCCAACAACGACAACAAUAGGGAACCGCUCAGGAAGGUAGAAUCAGUCGCCGAGAGGAGCACGCCAUCCGUCAGCAGCUUCUUCAGCUCGCUGUCUCGAAGGAUUGGCAAAGUCCUGAGGGAAGAAGGCGGAGGCAGCGAAGAUGAAGGAGGAGAGGACGAUGUUAAAGGUCCUCCGGCUCACCGAUUCUCCUGCGGUCAGAGCCCGUACACCAACAGCGGCUCCUGGGACAGGAAGUUCUGCAUCCUGACCGACACCCAGCUCAUCCUGCUCAACAAGGAUGAUGAGGUUGCAGGUGACGCUCAGGAGAGCCCCACAGACUCGGCAAAGGCUCGCAGCCUCCGCAGGACGGUCAGCGUCCCCUCAGAGGGACAGUUCCCGGAGUUCCAGGCAGAGGGCGCCACCGCCAUGCUCGAAGUUUCUUCGGAGAGAUCUCCGAGGAGGAGGAGUAUUUCUGGUUUGGGGAGCUCGGAGAAGAGCGUCGCAGUCGACAAUCCAAACACGUCUCCGUUCAAAGUGCCGGGGUUUUUCAGUAAACGUCUUAAAGGCUCCAUCAAAAGGACGAGGAGUCAGACCAAACUGGACAGAAACACCAGCUUCAGACUGCCCUCCAUCCGGCCCGCCGAUGCCGACAGAUCUCGCGUGCUUCCCAAGCUGAAGGAGUCGAGCUCCCAUGAGUCUUUGCUGAGCCCGGGCAGCGCGGUGGAGGCUCUGGACCUGAGCAUGGAGGAGGACGUGUUCAUCAAGCCUCUGCACAGCAGCAUCCUGGGACAGGAGUUCUGCUUCGAGGUGACGUACUCGGGCGGCAGCAAGUGUUUCAGCUGCACAUCGGCCUCAGAGAGAGACAAGUGGAUGGAGAACCUGAGGAGGACGAUUCAGCCCAACAAGGACAACUGCCGGCGCGCCGAGAACCUGCUGCGACUCUGGAUCAUCGAAGCCAAAGACCUGCCGCCUAAGAAGAAAUAUUUCUGCGAGCUGUGUCUGGACGACGUCCUGUACGCCCGGACCACCAGCAAGACCCGCCACGACAGCCUGUUCUGGGGCGAGUACUUUGACUUCUCCAGCCUGCCCGGCGUGCACAGCAUCACCGUGCACAUCUACCGCGACGUGGACAAGAAGAAGAAAAAGGACAAGAACAACUACGUGGGCCUGGUCAACAUCCCGGUGGCGAGCGUGACGGGCCGGCAGUUCGUGGAGAAGUGGUACCCGGUGAGCACGCCCACCACCAGCAAGGGCAAAGGCGGCGGGCCGUCGAUCCGCAUCAAGUCGCGCUUCCAGACCAUCUCCAUCCUGCCCAUGGAGCAGUACAAGGAGUUCGCCGAGUUCGUCACCAACAACUACACCAUGCUGUGCUCGGUGCUCGAGCCCGUCAUCAGCGUGAAGAACAAGGAGGAGAUGGCGUGCGCGCUGGUCCACAUCCUGCAGAGCACGGGCAGGGCAAAGGACUUCCUGACAGACCUGGUGAUGUCAGAGGUGGAUCGAUGCGCCGACCACGACGUCCUGAUCUUCAGGGAGAACACGCUGGCCACCAAGGCCAUCGAGGAGUAUCUGAAGCUGGUGGGACAGAAAUACCUGCACGACGCGCUCGGCGAGUUCAUUAAAGCUCUGUACGAGUCGGACGAGAACUGCGAGGUGGACCCGAGCCGAUGCUCCACCGGAGACCUGGCCGAACAUCAGAGCAACCUGAAGAUGUGCUGCGAGCUGGCCUUCUGCAAGAUUAUCAACUCAUACUGCGUGUUUCCUCGUGAGCUGAAGGAAGUGUUCGCCUCGUGGAAGCAGCAGUGCGUCGCCCGCGGCCACCAGCAGGACAUCAGCAAGCGCCUCAUCAGCGCCUCGCUCUUCCUGCGCUUCCUCUGCCCCGCCAUCAUGUCGCCCUCGCUCUUCAACCUCAUGCAGGAGUAUCCCGACGACCGAACGUCCCGGACGCUCACGCUCAUCGCCAAAGUCAUCCAGAACCUCGCCAACUUCACCAAGUUUGGAAACAAGGAGGAGUACAUGGCCUUCAUGAACGACUUCCUGGAGCACGAAUGGGCGGGGAUGAUGCGUUUCCUGUCGGAGAUUUCCAACCCGGAGACGCUGACCAACACGCCGGGGUUCGAGGGCUACAUCGACCUCGGCCGCGAGCUGUCCGUCCUGCACGCCCUCCUGUGGGAGGUCGUCUCUCAGCUCGACAAGGGUGAAAAUUCCUUCCUGCAGGCCACCAUAGCGAAGCUGGGCCCGCUGCCGAGGAUUCUGGGAGAUAUCACUCGCUGCCUGGCCGCUCCAACGCCCGUCCAGCAGCAGCUGCGGCGCUUCCAGGACCACAGCUCCGCCCACAACAUCAGCGGCAGCCUGUCGUCGGGAUUGCAACGAAUCUUUGAGGACCCCAGUGACAGCCGCAGCGAGGUUCGCAGUCUGCAGACACCAGUUCGGGGUCAGCGCCCCCUGUUGCCUCAGCAGCAUCCCUCCAACCACACCAGCUUCUCCGACCAGGAGGAGCGCGACACGCUGCUGCCCAACGGUCGCAGCAUCUCUCUGGUUGACCUGCAGGACGCUCAGAGCCUCCACGGCCACGCGGGGCCCCCGCCACACCACGAGGCCCCGCCCCGUCUCAGCAGGGUUGGCUCGCAGGCCUCCGUCGGACAUGCCGUUGCCCCGGUUACCUACUCCCACUCCAACCCUCUCACCCCUCAGCUGGCACCACACCAGGCCAAAGUCCCGCCCAGAGAUGGACAGCCACAGAGCGCUCCGCAGGUGAGGCGGCCGCUGCACGCCUCCGUCAGUCAGCAGCGCAGCCUGCAGCCGCUCUCGUUCCAGAACCCCGUCUACCACCUAAGUAACCCCGCCCACAGCACGACAACACGCUCCGCCCACUCGCUGCGGCAGGACUCCAGCUCCGAGAACCUGAGCACCGAGAGCUCCCACAACAGCCACAGCAACUCUGACGACUUCGGCAGCCAGGUGGGGGGCAAAGGUCGCGCGCCGUCCAACAGCAGCCUGGACGAGGUGGGCAGCAGGCGGAGCACGCAGAGCGAGGACUGCUCUACGCCACGCCGCCAUGCCCUGCAAGACCUCCCACCCGGCACCGCCACAGCGGUCGCCAUCCCUCGUCAGAGCACAACAGCAGGCACCGCCCACAUCAUAAAGGUGGAGCAGCAGAGCAAAGGGGGCGGGGCAAGGACGCCACGGUCCGCUGCACACAGCGCCUCACUGCGCAGCAGCAGCAGCGCCAACACCGAGCCAACGCCCACCCCUGCCGCUGGCAUCAUCAACCGCCAACCGUCCACCUGCUCUGUGGAGAACGUGGCUCCGCCCCCAAAGAGCACCACCAAGCAGAUGCCACAGGUGGCGUCUCCAGUGGAGGCGGUGGCGGUGGCGAUGUCUCCCGUGGAGAGGACGGCGGCAUGGGUCCUAAACAACGGCCAGUACGAGGAGGAGGAGGGAGGGGAGAGGAGCAGGGAGGAGGGCAGGAACACAGAGAAGUACGAGCUGGAGAUCUCUCGGCUGAAGGAGCGCCUGCGCGUGUCCGGGCGGCGCCUCGAGGAGUACGAGCGGCGGCUGCUCGCUCAGGAGCAGCAGAUGCAGAAGCUGCUGCACGAGUACAAAAACCGGCUGGAAGACAGCGAGGAGCGACUGAGGAGGCAGCAGGAGGAGAAGGACACCCAGAUGAAGAGCAUCAUCUGCAGACUGAUGGCGGUGGAGGAGGAGCUACGGCGGGACCACGCAGAGAUGCAGGCAGUGAUCGAAGCCAAACAGAAGAUCAUCGACGCUCAGGUCAGUAACGGAUGUGAAAUAAACCAAUCAGGAGAAAAGGAUCGGGUCCCUGGAUGCGGCGAACUCACGGCUGAUGGCGGCGCUGACGCAGGUGAAGGAGCGUUACAGCACUCCCAACCUUCGCAACGGCCUGUCGCCAAGCAACCCCACCAAGCUGUCAAUCACUGAGAACGGAGAGUUCAAGAACAGCAGCUGCUGAUUGGUCCUGCCCUGGGUGGGGGUGGGGUUUAAAGUAUAUAACUCCCUCGCCCACGAGAUGAGCUGCAGACAUCAAAGAGAGAAUUUAAAGAUAUAGAAUCUAUUAACACGAGUGUAAAUACUGAUGUUUGAUCUGAUGUACAGAGUGUGUGUGAGAGAGCGAGUGUGUGUGUGUGUGUGUGUGUGUGUGCGAGCGUGUGUGUGUGUGUGUGUG